CGUCACAUCGCUUGGUCAGGUUGACAUUGUUCCAAAAGGUAAGCGCAGGAAUACACGAGAGCUUUUGAGAGCCCAGCCUAGACUGAAUUUCCUUGAAGGUUUCAGAUUAUCACGCUGUCGUGCCAAAUGCGCAUAAAAAUGCGGAAGGGAUCGAAGAUCGUAAAAUCUACACCUUGCGAAUCGAUUCCAGAAAAGCUAGUGUAUCAACUGUGAGCCAUGUAUUUGGACCACACCGGGCGAGGUGAACGGAACUUCCGAAGACUCGCCGGGAUUGUCAAAACUAUCUGCGGGAUGAACAUAGCGUUAAAGAGGUAUAUACACAAAGACAAAGUGAUACGAUGGGUAGCUCAUCAUCUGACAAGAAAAUCAGACGUUGACAAGGAAUUGCUUUUCAACAUCCACAACUUUACAAAAAGCAAAUGUGAGAGAGAUUCUGCGAAGCUGAAGAACCUGCUUUCUGUUCUCCCUCAUGAACGGAGCAUACAUGAGAUUUCAUUGAUACAGACACUUCUACAUAAGAAUCAAGCAUUUCAAGCCAUGCCCCAUAUUGUGCAAUUGGAGAUAUGCCAAGCUGCUGUCUACCAACAAUAUGAGGCCAAAACAACGGUGGUACGAAAAGGUCACCAGCCUGAGGCCUGCUAUUUUGUUGUUACUGGUAGACUAAUAGCUCAGUCAAGUGAUGGCCUUUCAAGAAAUCAAAAUCACUUCAGUGAAACUCUGAAUGAAAUUGAGGAGGGAGAUUUGUUUGGGGAUGCAGCACUUUUAACCAACAUGUCGAGACCUUCCACAAUUUUGUGCAGGACUAAUGCAGAGCUCCUGCUGAUCGGCAAGGAGGAUUUUGAAUCAAUAUUGGCCGGACUUCUUGAACAGCGCUAUAGUGUGAUCACAGACUUACUGGGGUCACUCCCAAUAUUUACAUCUUGGACAGCAGAAAAACUGACAAUGCUUUCCCACAGUUCCCUGCUACGGUACUACAGAUCAGGAACAGCAGUUGUUCCAGAAAGCUGCAACUCGUGUUUCAUAGUUAUUGUUAAAUCAGGCCGGUGUUACAUAGUGACAAAUCUUAUAAUGGAUCAAUGUGGAAAGGAUCGGGCCCAGCGACCACAGCCAAAAAAAUCAGCUGUGCUCCUAAAGAACCUUCCUGUGCUAAAGAAGGACACAAAAUCCACAGGGAAAUCUCCACUGACAGCUCCUGAUUUUCCAAGCUUUGUGACAGCAGAUCUACAAGAAGCCAUAAAGACUGCGCAAACAAGAAAAUCCAGAAGUAUGGAAAUUGCCACUCCAACCCACCCAUUAACUGAGGAGAGCAGCUACAAGGAUCUGGAACAUAAAGGCCUGGAAGAGUCACUUCCCACCAGUGCUAGUGGAUCCGAAAGAGACGGGGGCUUACAGCAACCUGAGUCUCUCACACACACAUCGGGAAAGAGCAGUGCUUGUGCCUACGUCCCACAGGACACAAACAAUGAACCCGAGCAGACAGAACCAUGCAAGGCAGAGCAUGCAGAUGAAUCAUCUUUGCCUGAGGUAGUCAUUGAAUCUGUGGAGAACUGCAAUGAAACUCAAGAGGCUACCAAAUCCUUGGGUCAUAAUGAAGCUGAUGAGCAGAAUAAAGAAAGACAAAAGAUUCUUCGUAAUCCACCGCAAGAGUAUCCUCGAGCAACUUUUGUGAAAGUAGCAAGCUUGGAAAAGGGAGGCAUUUUUGGGCUGACAGAAAUUCCUGGCAGUUCUUUUAAGUUACAAUUAAGCUUGGUUAGUGAUGGAGCUGAAUGUAUUUUCGUCCCAAGGAAGCUGUUCUUGGGUGAGGCUCCAGAAAAGUCAAGGCAAGUUGCAUUGGAGUUGGUGAACACAUACCCGAAUGAACAAGUUAUCAGGGAGAACUUUGCUAGAGAACAAGAAUGGAGCUUGUACAAGGCUAAGCUUAUCAGGCAGCUACUAGGUAGCCGUGCAAAAUAGAGUUCUGUACCUGUGAAUUUAGGAAUGAUGAUAUUCUAAUUUGUUCUUAAUUACAAUGUGGAAUUUAUUCAGGGCAACUUAUUCAAGAUCAGGUUAUCAUUUUAAUUACUUACAGUGCCUUGUAGAAGUAUUCACACAAUGAGUAUUACAGCCAGGGAUUUUGAUCAAUUUAACUGAGAAUUUUUAUUUGGGAAUUCCAUGAUCCUUUUUUCACAGUAAGGCCCCCCCCCCAAAAAAAGAGGGAAAACUGUAGAGCAAGAAAAACUAAAACUUCAAAAACUGAAAUAUCAGCAGCUCAGAAGUAUUCAUCCCCUUUUGCUCAGUACUUAGUUGAACCACCUCUUGCAGCUAUUACCUCCUGCAGUCUUUUAGGAUAAGUCUCUAUUAACUUCGCACUAUGAGAUGGAGCAAGAUUUACCCAUUUCUCCUUGCAAAGUUGCUCAAGCUGUGCCAGUUGUGGAGCGGCAGACAGCAAUCUUGAAGGCUUGCCAGAAAUGUUUGAUUGGGUUAAGGUCAGGACUUUGACUGGGCCACUCAAGGAUAUUAGUUUUCUUCAUUUGAUGCCAGUCCAUGGUUGUUCUGGCAGUGUGCUUUGGGCCGUUGCCCUGCUGAAAGACAAACUUCAUCCCUAGUUUAUGCCUUCUGUCUGAGGUUAGCAAUUUUUUUUAUUCAGGAUCUCUCUGUAUUUAGCAGCAUUCAUCUUCCCUUCAAUCCUGACCAGAUUUCCAGUUCCUGCUGCUGAAAAGCAUCCCCUAGCACGAUAUUACAUCCACCAGUGGGGAUGGCGUACCCUGGCUGAUACACAGUAUUAAAUUUACUCCACAUGUACUACUUAGUGUUGAGGCCAAAAGAUUCCAUAUUAGUCUCACCUGACCACAAGACCUUCCACAUCCUAAUAGUAUCUUCUAAGUGAUGCUUUGCAAAGUCUUUAUGGAUAAGGUUUAUUUUUUCAUAAAUACCCUUUAUGUGAAAAGUGUUGGAGAUUGCAGAGCCAUGAACUUCAUCUCUAGUUGCAGACAUUGACUUCUGCAACUCCUUCAGAGUGACUGUUGACAUCACAGUAGCCACUCUUUCAAGUACCAUUCUUCUCUGGUGGCUAGGUUUAGAGGGGCUAGGUUUAAUGUCGUUGUGGUUCCACUUUUUCCACAAUGGACUGUACUGAGCUCCAAGGUGUGUUCAGUAACUUUGAGAUGGUCUUGUACCCUUCUCCAGUUUUAUGCUUAUCAUACUUUCCCCAACUUGUUGUGAAUGUUCUUUUGUCUUAAUUUUGGUUCAGUCUGUUGAAAAUCUACCAUACUGUUGGACUUUUCAGAGAGAAGGGAUAUUUAUUCUGGUGAAUUCAUUGAAAACAGAAUUUCUACAUCAACAAAUCAGGUGGGUUGGUAAGGUAACAGUAUAUUGCACCUGAGGAAAGUUAGUAUAACAAUUACAAAGGGGAUGAAUACUUUUCUCAGCUUCAUAAUUUUGGUUUUUAAUUUUUAGUUAAUGGUUGACAGGAUUUGGAUUUUGAAUUGACAUGAUUUGCACAAUGUUUUGUAGAUUAGCUCAAAAAUCCUGCUUCAGAAUAUUUUAAAUUUAGAAAAUGAGACAGUAAAAUGUGAACGUAGUUGUGGGGCUGAAUAGUUUUUUCAAGGCACUGUGGCCUAGAAAUGGGCAGUGUGAGAUCUAUUUUUCAGACCCUCAAAUAGUGUAUAUACUUUAGGUAACAUUGAGAAAGGAAUCAGACCUUUUUGGCAUUCGGUAUUUUGCCUUCCAGACUUGUACUCUUGAUUUUCUAGACUAACUAACAGCACUUAUAGCAUUAUUUUAUGUACCAUGAUCUGUACAUAAUUUUACAGUGUUUUAGGGGCAGUACUUAAAAAAUAUUAAAAUUUUAAAAAUUGUUUCAGGAAUUUUAUUUUACUUGUCAUCAGUUCUAGUAUUUUAUUAUUUGAAUCCCUUUCAUGCAUAUAAAACAAUGUAUUGUACUGUCCAUUUCAAUCAAUAUCAAAGUAGGCACUCCUAAUGCAGAGCUAAAUUCAGCACAUUCAGAAGUCUGGGCUGGUAUAGACAGUAUUUCAUAUUCAGAAAUACAUAUCAACUAGUGUCAUGAGUGCAAAACAGACACAGUCUUGCUGGAAGGGCUGGAGGAGAGGGAGCAAAUUGAUCCACAUUAAAAGUGAUAAGUGACAAGAUGUGAAGGGUUUACAUGCCUUCAUUGGAGAAAUUACUGAGAGUUUGGCAAACUGUCCAUUAUUGUACUCUGAUGUCUCUUCCCGGACCAUCCUUAACUGGGCUCUAGUGUUUCACACUCACCAUUUUUGCAGGUUGAUAGCUCCUUUCGUCAAUCCAUCAUUGGCCCUGAUCAUUGCCUUACUGGCUUUGACGUUUCCCCUGACCACCUGUACUAGGUUCAGACAUCUACCCCUGACCAUCCUUCAUUAGGCCCUGACCAUCCAUCAGUGUUCUGAUGUUCCUUUAACCAUUCAUCCAUCCUUUGGAUGACAGAAUUGCCCUAUGCUGGCUAUUUGGUAAUUCUUGUAUUCUAAUAGAACGAGUGCUGACCUCAUUGAAAUGUAAAAUUCUGAGGGAUUUUUGUUCAAUGUGAAUGAAAAUCAAAUAAGCGCAGAUGCUGGAAAUCUGAAAUAAAAAAAGUACAAAAUGCUUGAAAUAUUUAGCAUGUCAGGGAGCAGCUGUAGAAAGAGGCUUUCAAAAUUUCAAGUUGGAGGCUUUUUUAAAACUAAAAGAAAGAAAACUGGCUACAGAACACUUCUUUAUGGGAUGGAGGAUAAGUGACUGUUUUUUCUUAGUUGGACUGGCAUUGGAACCACUGGCUUAAAAUAAGGGGUCUGCCCUGUAGGCCUGAAAUGUGAGGAAAUUUCUUCAACUAAAUUGAACAAAUUUAUUUAAAGCCAGAUCUAAUCAUAAGAUUUUGAACUUCUGAAGAAUCUGUAAAAUGGACUGCCACUUCAUGAUAUUGCAUUUAACUCCAAAGUUGCUGUUUGGUAUUUCAAAAUGAUAGUGAGCACAAGCUGCAGCAACAUCUUUAUUGCCAGAAUAUCCCAUUAUUAUUUUAUUACUUUAAUUAAUCUAUAAUAAUGUAUUUAUGAUGGAACAUUUUGUCAUUAGUUUUAUGAAUAAUUAUACUGUAAUCGUAAUUCUCAGAUACCUGUGUUGAAGAUUUAUACAAAAGUCUUUUUUUUUCACAAGAUUUACAGUAUCCUAUUGUUAAGAGUGGAGCGCACAGCUAGAAGUGAUGUGCUGACUUGAUGACACACUGAGUUUUAACUAUCCAAAUCAUAGCCUGAAGAUCCAUCUAAAAAGUGUCAUUUCAACAAGGCAAACAUGUCUUCACCUAGGUCAUUCACAAUUUAACGAACUGUCUUCUAAUCCUGUCACAUAGAUCUAAUAACAACAAAGUUCACAUAA